AUUUGGAUAUUGUUCGACAGCCGUGCUUGCGCGAACUGUUGCCCUGAAUGGUUUGCACCGGAAUAUCCGAUUUUGCCGUUGAUUGAGAACGCACCGUCACUGCGGCGCUUGUCUGGAAAGACGCUGGAUGUGCAAGGUCGGAAGAUUGUGCAGCUUGACUGUGGCAAUGGCCAUUCGUUGAGUGUGCAGUUUUAUUUGUGCUCUGGCAUCCCGACUGCAAUGGCGAAGGAUUUCCUUGCAAUGAUUGACCCGACUGGCAAUCCUGUGCCGAUUGUGCGGCAAGGAAUGAAGUCCUCCGAUGCGUUCCGAUGGAACUCGCCAGUCCUUUUCAUAACGCGGCCUGGUAUUCGCCAGUGUCAGGCGAAUCAGCUUCAGCUCUGGCUCAGUCACCUACCAGAUGGACGAGUGGAGUUUGGACUGACGCACAAGCCGCGGCCUGCGGGAAAGAGUUCGCCUCGUCCUUACGAUCUACAGAUUGGCAGGAAGCCUCCUGAGAAGGCGAAUGCCGAUAUUGUGGAAGUGAAGACGAAUGAAGUUGCCCCUAAAAGCGAAGCCAAAACGAAUGUUGAGCCUGAGGAACCGGAACUGGAUCGCCAGGUGAGAGUGAGUCGAAAUCCUGUGGAUGGAUUGUCGAGUGAAUGCUUGUGGGGCAAUAGGUGCACCAUGGUCUUUGAUUCGAGUGACCCUGCAAUGAUAGAUACUGGCCAUCAGAAUGAAUGGGCUGACAUCGAGGUGCCCGAUGGAUCAGUGAAGAAGUUUGAGGACCCGCGUGGUCCCACUGGUCACAAGUGGACUGGAUAUACACUGUUUGUGCCGCUUGAUCGUCCUGCUGCUGGUGAGAAUGCCGAGCAAGAAACUGAGGACAGGAGUGCGCUGAAGCCGAAACUGCUCGAGGUUCCUGGCGAGCCCUCUGAGAGUGAAUGGCGACUGCACGAGCUGACUCACCUGCCCUACAGGCAUUGGUGUGAGCACUGUGUGAGGUCAGAAGACAAAGUCAUGCAAUGCCAACCAGUGAUCCCAGAUUGA